UCCAUGUCAGUGAGUGGUCAAGAUUGUAGAUUCUGAUGUAAGUGGGUUGUAGCCGUCGCGAUCGAGUCAAGUCGUGGUACCUUGCAGGAUUUUCCUUUCUCCGACUCGAGUCGUGCUCUGCUUGAUGUCUGUUCUGAGGUUUUUGACUGCGUGAGCUGAUCUACAGUGAUAAUAAUUAUAAAGGCUCUCGCGCUGAGAGAUGAUUCGCUUAGUUUUGCCAGACGGUGCUUCAUGAUAUGUCGGAGCAGGUGAAGCGAGAGAAGUUUACUGGUGUCUCAUAAAAAAAAUGAUCAGUGCUCCCUGAAAGUGGUGUGGUAGACCUUGUUAGCUUCAAUGGCCAAUACGUUAUCUAACCGUGGAAGCGUCCCGGCGUUUUCCGAAAAGUUCCAGAAGAUUGGCUCGUGGUUUAGUGAAUUCUCGCAGAGCGAGCAACUCAUUCUACUCUAUACCUUGUUCUGCAAACUAUCAAUGGCUGAAGCACGGUUCUCGUUGAAUGUUUUGGAGAAGCGGAUACAAGGACAACAACCCCCUGACCCAUCUUUCAUUACCCUGGAAACAGAAGGGAAUGAUCCAGACUACAUAUCCAGCCUUCAAGCUGUCAGCAGGGAACUUGCCAUAAGCGCACUGUUGACUCGCCUUCCUGUUCUAAGGCCAGGAAACAUUGCUGCAGUGGAUCAAUAUGCAGUUCUAUUGGAUUCAGUGAUGCAGUCAGUAGUCAAGACUGGACUGCAUCGCAACAAUGCCAUGCAGUUGCUUUCACUAGUCAUGGUGCAUCCAGCUGUACCUCAGGACCAGCGUGACAACUUAGUCCAUUGGCGAGAGAAAAUUGAAAAUAGCAUUCCGGCCACCAAUUACAAUGGGAUGGCACUUGCUGGUCCUGUUCCCCAGCCCAAUGCAGUCCCCAAUCACUAUAUGCCUGUGGCGCAAGGACAUCUGCAUCGCACCUGGCAUCAAAACAUGGACCAGUAUGUUGCUCCACCUCCAGCACCACCUUUGCCGGGUAGCACCCGCUAUUCCCCCUCUCAUCAGCUGCUCAACGUUCCGCAUGUGGAUGGCCGAGUACCGAUCCGUUCGUCAUCCAUGCAGGUGGCAGGAGAAAUACAGCACAUUGAUGACAGCAUGGAGCGGAAUAUGAGCCGCUCGCAAUCGCUACCUAUGCCUGUACGUCCGGGUCCGAGGUCUGCCGGGAACGACAAUCAAUUUCCAGAACCCCGUCCCGGCAUGAAAGAAGUACCGCAUUGGCUUAAGGGCCUUCGUCUCCACAAGUACCAGGACUUGUUUGCAGAGAUGAGUUACGAAGAAAUGCUCAACCUAUCUGAUGAAACUCUCACGAGGAGGGGUGUGACGACUGGAGCUCGUCACAAAAUCUUGGUCAGCCUUCAGAGGCUACGGACGCGACGAGAAACACUUAUUCAUAUGGCCAGGGAUGUGGAGAAUCCAAGUAGGCUGAUAAAUGUCAUCACUGACCUGAAGCAGCUCAUUAACUCGCCCAUGAAGCCGUACAGUCCAGCCCAUGCGGUGUCGUCUGCGUCCUCGCCCGAGUCCUCUCUGCCUCCGGACGCUGCCUCCUGUGUCUCUUUGCCAGCUCAGCUGCAGCCGCCAGUGGGUGCACCGCCGCUGCAUGGUGCUAGCAAUGGCUUAGAUAGUGGAGGUUCGCGCACGUCGCCAGUGUUCGACUCUUCCUCCUCCAAUGCCAGUGCUCAGUGGCCCGGUGUUGAACGCCAGGAGAGUGAUGGCAGUGCUGCAGCAGCUUGUGCUGAUGUCUUUGAGCAAGGCGACAAUGGCUCCAGAGCACCGGCGAAGAACUCCAUCUCAUCUGUCAGUUCGGUGGGAAGUUCGAACAGCUCUAGCAGCCAACAGGGUAGUGAUGUUGCUCCGUCGCCAUCGCCUGCGGAUGGCAUGGAACAAGACGAACUGCCGGUAUUGACCCUUGAGGUUGUUGUAAAAGCCUGCCAGCAGCUGUGCGACUGUGCUGCAGAUGAGGACAUGUGCACUGCAUUCUUGUCCAUAGUGGACAGGGCAAUGACUCAUGAGGCUUUCACAGCUGAUCAUCGGCGUCUCCUCUUCACCGUCAGGCAGAAGUGCAAUGCUGCCACUCGGAUUGCACAACGCAAGAACCUUCAUGAUCAGCGCUUCAUGCGCACUUCCAACUGGCUACCCAAUGUGCCCGGCGUGCCUGGAUAUCAUCCAGGACUACCCUUGGCUGCCUCAGCCCAGCCACUACCCAGGAACCUACCGCCACCGUCAACGCCCACAGCUGCUGCAGCGGCGGUCAUUGCUUCAGCGGCGGCUAUCCAGAAUGCGUCUCACCGGCGUCGGGGCUACGAGCGGCAGAAUGCUCGCAACAGCACAGUGCCACAGCCGCCGCCACCGCAUGCCGGUAUGCAAGUGCCGCCGCCACCACCACCUGUUGCCAUGCAACAGAUGCCUCCCAGCGUAGGGCCACCGCCUGCACAGCUCGCGAACCCGUUUGGGGCACCAGGGUCUGGCCGGCGUUCCCAGGGAAUGCCUCCUGUUCUUAUGCCAGACAAUGACCGUGCUGAGGUUUGGGCCACUCCAUCUGACUAUUCCAAUCUUCUUCCUCCGGAUGCAGAUACACAGCCACACACAGUGUCUGGUCCUAACAGUGGUAUAGCAGCAGCUGCUGCUGCUGCCGCCGCCGCUGCAGCUGCAGCUUCGGCUGGCAAUAUUCCAGUUCGCAUGACUAACGGUGCUAGCAUUCUACCGCAUCCUGGAUCUGCGGCUCUGGAAGGCGCCGUCGCUGCCGCCGCCACUGGCUUUGAUAUGUCAGCAGCUGCUGCAAUGUCCUCUGCUGGGCACGGCAGUGUGAAUGGCGUGUCAUUCCCAACUGCCCAGGACAAGUACAUGGAACAUCUGUGUAAAGCCAUGACCGAUCAUGCUCUCGACGAAAAGAGUGAUCGAGAUCAGCGUUAGUGUUAACCCGUAAACUUUAGUACGUCACCUCCAGGUUUUUCUGUCUCUCUGGCUAGAGCGUUCUUCUUUGCCACUGCCGCCAUAGCUUACACCCCAUCAAGCCAGCUGUCAUCCAAGUCUGUUCUAUAUAUUGCGCUAACCCGGAAACAAACAUUUGGUAAUAUGUGUAUAGUCUGUGUCUCAGCCCACACUCCACACUCGGCUGGGCCGAGCUCCCUUUGUCUCCCUUCCUGUUGUGACGAUGGUAUAUGUAGCUGUUCUACGCAUGGUGAUCAUCACCUUGGAUUCAUCAGUAGCUAUCGUACUAUACAACACACGUAGCCAGUAGUGAAGUAAGCGUAGGCGGUUUGUUUGCGUUCUUAGACUUGUGUAUCGUAAUGUGCUGUGCAACAUGCUGUGCCUUGGUGACAUGCUGCUUGAACCUGUGCCAAAUUGAUCCCUGCUUUCAACCCGCCUGCCCUCUCUCUCUCUCUCUCUCUCUCUCUCUCUCUCUCUCUCUCUCCCCCCCCCCCCCCCCGUCUGUUUCUCCACUCUCUGCCUCGAUCUCUCUGUCUCGGUCACACAUCCAUCACUGUUUUCUUUGAAGAGCUGGCCUUUUCUGCUGUCUGCAUCGUGGACGAUGUUUGGUGUUGCUCUUUCAGGCGUUGUUCUGGCUACUUUAGCUGUGCUCUUGUUGCCACUGUCACAGCCAUCUCAUGCAGUAGUACACCCAGUACCCACCCUCUCAUGAUCACUCUUCACUCGAUUUCCAUCCAUGCUCUCCCCUGGCUGUAACUUAAACUCAUGCAUCCUCUCUAUAAUUCAGAUGUUGCUGUCUUUUUCGGUGAUUUGCUUGUCGUGUUGUUUUCAUUUUACAUGCAAUCGUGAUGGCAACUGCUGAGCAUCACUCAGUCAUUGUGCUUUGAAGUCCUAUAUUUGUCACCACACACCAUUGACAUUGUUCUAUUAUUGUUGCAUGUUUUGUCUAGCCUAUAUCCGAUGUAAACCCUGUUGUGGCGCUCUGGGAGCUGCUCACUCUCUCGUUCAGUUACUGCGUGCAGUGCUGCUGGUGCUCCUACUUCUGCUGCUAAUAUUUUAUGAGUGUGUGUGCGCGUGUGAGUGUGUGUGUGCGUGCGCGUGUGUGUGAAUAUGUAUGGUCUCAGAUUGCAAACACAUGACGCUGUGCGCUUAUAUUGCCACCACUUGCUCUGUCAUUCCUAGCUUAUUUGUGAUAUCUCCGUGACGUAUGAUUUCACUCCCUCCCCCCCCUCCUUUUUCUUUUCUUUUUAUAUCUAUGUAAAGAAGAGCUGGUGCUCCCAUUUGGCCAUGGUAGAAUCCGAUUUGUAGUAAGAAUUCAAAACCUGCUGCUUGUUGUGCACGUACGUAUCCGUUAUAUUGACUUCUUCAGAUUUACCUUUUUUUCUAUUGUCUGUGUCUGUGGCACUGUCUGGAUAUCUGUGAUGUCUUUGGAUGGACUGCCAUCCCUCUGGCUAGGGAGUUUUUUUUGUAUGGUAUAUCUACCAUGAAGUCUUGUUCAUCUCUGUUGCUUUGCUCACAACCUGGGUCACCUACGCUAUAUCAAAAUGAAAACACGUA